AUGGAACAAACAGUUGCAAUUCGCAGCUAUGAACUUCGCCUCAUUCGUUGCACACUCAAUUCUGAGCAAUCGCAACAACUUUGCGUCUCGCAGAAACGUGAUUCUUUGGAUGAUUCCAUUGACCAUCUCUUGAAUUUCAUUCAGUAUGGCAAUUAUAUUCAAGCACUCACUUCUCAGUCCUCCUCCCACCUUGUUUUCCAACUCGCUGACCUUGAAUCACCGUCACUCAGCGAUCCCGGUAAGCUCUAUUCUUUGUUGGUUGACCGCGCCGAGUGCUUCAUCGCCGCUGCAACCAACGACGUUCUUGAACAGCAACGUAGGAACAUGCUUGUUACGUGCAUCGCAGUUGCCGCGUUUCUAGGGUUCACUCAAGUCAACUUUAUCGGGCCCUUGGAAGGGGUAGAGCUACCAAAAUGUCCUCUGGGUUUGGAUGGUGAUGACGAAGGACGGGAUAAUUGGGCUCGGAAUCAGCUUAUGUCUUCUGGUUCUGACUUGGUCGGGAAGUUCUCCAAUCUUCAGUAUAUAGUUUUUGCGAAGAUGUUGCUUAUGCGGUUGAAGGAUUUAGGCAGUGAGAUGAAAAGCCUUCCGUGGUGGCUUGCACGGGUUUUGGUUGUUCAACAGAGGGUGUUGGAUGAGCGGUGUUCUUCCUUGUCUGAUCUCUUGCAUGUGUAUAUGGGUGAAGCUUUGCAGAUGUUUGGUUCUCGCGAACUAGUUGAGAGUUAUUGGCAGGAUGAUUUACACGACGGAGAGAGCUCGGGCAUGGUCUCCUUGAUUCAUUUGGAGGCUGGCAUUAUUGAAUAUGUAUAUGGACGGCUUGACUCUUGCAGGAUGCAUUUUAAAUCAGCUGAGAUGGCAGCUGGGCUUCAGCUUUCAGUCACUGGGGUACUUGGUUUCCGUACUGAACACCAGGCGGAACCAAAGGCACAGAGGGUACUUCUUACCAACACAUGUCCAUCAAAUAAUGAGAAUGAGAACUGUCCCUUAACGAGUACCGCUAUCCAAACAUGUGAUUCCAACAAAGGUGAAGAUGAUUGGAAUAUGAAUCAGCAUGAAACCUCUGAAGCAUCUGCACUCAGAAUACCCAAGUUGUUACAAAACAACGAUGACUCUAGAAUUAGAUCUCCAUCUCAAAGCAUACAAAAUGGUGGCCAUGUUACUCCUAAUUUGACAGCAAUUCAACAAGCUGUAAUUCUGGCAUUUUGCCUUUUGAUUGAGAAGAGCUCCCCACGCGAUGAGUUGCACUUAUGGGAUAUGGCACCUUACAUUGAAGCAAUUGAUUCCCAGAACUUCUCUUACUUUACUAUAAGGUGUUUAUCGGAUCUUUUACGUAUUCGAUGGGAGUCAUCUCGUUGCCGAACUAAGGAGCGUGCCUUACAGAUGAUGGAUAACUUGGUUAAACAUAUUUAUGAACCUUCUCCAGCAAUAGCUGAUAGAAUUGCUUUUAUUUAUGCUAUUUAUAUGCCAAGUAUUCCUGCAUUGCAGAUGGAAUAUGGGGAACUUUUGUCAGAUUGCGGUUUGAAAGGGGAGGCAGCGCAGAAGUUUGUAGAAUUAGAAUUAUGGUAUAAGCUAAAAGACUGUUACAGUUUCUUGGGGAAGAAAGCAACCGCUGUUGAACUCAUCAGGAAGCGACUUUCGGAAACACCAAAUGACCCCAUAUUAUGGUGUUCCCUGGGUGACCUUACAGAUAAUGAUGCAUGUUUUGAGAAAGCUCUAGAAGUUUCAAACAAUAGGUCUUCUAGAGCAAAGCGUUCUAUGGCUCAAAGUGCAUACAAAAGAGGAGACUACAACAAAUCUAUAUUGUUGUGGGAGUCUGCACUUGCAGUGAACUCAAUGGACCCAGAUGAUUGGUUUAAACUUGGGACUGCUGCAGUGAAGGCUCAAGAUACAGGAAAGGCUCUGGAUGCGUUUACUCGCGUAAUUCAACUUGAUCCUGAAAAUGAGGAAGCUUGGACUUACUUUGCAAGCUUGCACGCGAUGAAAAGAAAGGGCAAGGAAGCCUUAAUCGCAUCAAAAGAAGCCUUGAAAUUCAAACGGAACAGCUGGCAAUUAUGGGAGAACUAUAGCCAUAUUGCUGUCGAAAUUGGCAAUAUCAGUCAGGCUCUGAAAGGUGUACAGAUGGUUUUGGACAUCACCAAUUAUAAGAGAGUAGAUAGUGAAUUAUUGGAAAGAAUCACAGGAGAGGUGGAACGGUUAUGCAUUGUCGAUUCUGGAGCAGAAUAUGAAAUGGAAGUAGGUGGAGCAUCUGUUGCCGGAAGAUCACGUGAAACUGAAAAAUUAUUGGUUUUACUUGGCGAAGUUUUACAACAGAUAGUUAAAAAUGGGAGUGGAUUUGGAUCUGAAAUCUGGGGCUUAUAUGCCAAAUGGCACAGAAUUAAUGGAGAUCUCAUGAUGAGCUCUGAAGCCCUCUUAAAGCAAGUUAGGUCACUCCAGGGAAGUGAUACGUGGAAGGACCAAGAUCGGUUCAAAAAAUUUGCAAAAUCAUCUUUGGAUCUUUGCCAGGUAUACGUGGACAUGUUUUCAUCUGCUUCUGGUAGUAUUAAACAACUGUAUACAGCUGAGCUGCACUUGAAGAAUGUCAUCAGACAGGCUCAGAGCUGCUUCUCCGAUACACAAGAGUUCAGAGAUCUUCAAGCUUGCUAUGAUGAAGUGAAAAUGAAACUCCAAUCCAACUCCAUCAAUGCCUAG